AUGAACGAGUUUUUCGAUCCGAUCUUCGAUCCCGUUGAGCAAGCAAUGGGCUUUCCUUGUAUUCGCCCUUUUGCCUUUGAUUUGUUAGACUCAUUUCCUUCAGAACGUCGACAAAGCCCACGGGAGGAGAUGAUACGUUCAGAGGCCGUAAGUAUUGUAUAUGAACCAAGUGAUUGCCUCCCCUUCUCCUUAUCCGUCUCGUUCAGUCCUGUGGAUAUUCUAGGUCACGCAGUUGAACGAUUUCAGUUAUUAAAAUGAAUCCGGACUUGACCUCGUGUCGCUGUGUGGUCAGCUGUGGAAAAUUAGUUUUCAAAGUUCAGUACUUAAUCCCAUGUAUGCACUCCCCCUGCACUUUAAAAAGUCCAGGUAGAUCAUAGCUGUUCGGCUCCUGCACUCUACUCAGAUCGGUGCUUUUAAAUCCCGUCCGCUCUCACUGCCAUCCCUUUCAGUCCAACAGACACUAGCGUUUAGCUCAGGAUCCCCGACAUUAAAAAUCAUCGCAAUAAGCAUUGCUUUUAUCUUUAAAUUAACUUGUCACUAAGUGUUGGACAGGCCUUUUUGUCUGUGGAGAAUCGCAUUUCUUUUCGCACCCAAUCAGACUAGAUACCGGAAAACCCGUAAUUCUCUACCAGACGUACAUGCAAAGUGCAUUUUUUGUCAAAUUUCGGAAGACUAUUUAAUGUAUUAAAGCGUCGGAAGCAGACGGAGGACGUCAUGCGAAAGUGCCAGUUUUUCUGUUUGAAUAGGUCCUAAGUGGGAAGUAGCUUACUACCGCGCAUAAUUCGAUGUGGUAUUAUAUUCCUUACCAAUUGCUGUUUCGAUCUCGUUUAGAUCGCCUUUUCUUCCCAAAGACACAUUUAUGUGUAUCAGCUAAAAUAUCUUCAGUUGCGGUGCCUGCGAUGGACGACAUGUCAAAAUUGUGUAUGCCCCAGUCUAUGCCAACCGUCAUUACCCGUAGUGCUGACAUGACCGGAUCUAUAGUCUGCUACGCGGCCGAACCUUUGUGGCUUGUAAUGCCAAUAUAGUUCACCACCGAAUUUUAGGCCUUCUCAGCCACACGGAACUCAUGGUGGUUGUAGUCUUGUAGCGGGCAGCCAUCGUGGCCGGUCUGACGUAAUUUUUCAAGACCUCGCCGCCUCAAGAUCACUCACCCUUUGCAGUGGGCCGUUCCAGACGCUCUGACCUGAAGUCACGCGACCGACAGCUCGGACAUACCUGUGUCCGCACAGCCGCAGCUGCCCAUGAGGCCUCUUCAACGCACUGCCCCCUGCAACUACAAACUAAGCCACUGAAACACCACCCCUCGGCAAAUUCAACACACGCUGAUUGGACACUACUUGAGCUUGACUCACGAACCUACAAAAGCGGCUGCCACCACUGUCCCAGGGACUCUCAGGCAUGACUGGACGCAGCCAACACCAACUCUGGCUUUGCCGGAGGCCACUGCUGCCUGAGAGGACAAUCCGGGUUAUGUAUACAUUAAACGCCUCAUACUGCUGCCUUCUGUCUUUUCCUUGCAAUCUGCGAUUUGACCUGGUGGUAGUAGCGCACAGACUUCACACUCACACCGCUUGGUCUGACCAGUCUUUCGGACAAUAGACACCAGAAAACGGCAAAAAAAGAAUAUAAUCUGCAAAAUGUCAUGACCGGUGUUUGUUUCAACCUGCGCAAACUAAUUACCAACCUUAGUAUCCACGACCGUCACUGGUCGAACUACGCAUACUUAUAGUACUUAUGGCUCUCAAGAUUUUCUGCUUCGCGGGCAACAUUCAGACCUUAUACGGGCUACUGCGGCUUCGACAGUUUCCUCGCCUGCACAACGGCAAGAAGUUGGUUGGUUGGUUUUGUUCAUUAAUUUUUAUGGUCCUUGUCGCGCCCAACCUGACAAGCCUCAACAAUUCUGCGGCUCUCAUGUGCGAGACGUGCGACAAAUACCAAGUGACCUCAGUCCACUUUUUUAUUCAACAACCUUAAAGUCCUUUUUUCUUCAUAUAUAAUCAUGUCCACCCGUCUGUCCAAAACCUGUUAAUCUCUAUGGUAAUCACUGUGUACUGGAGAACCGUUUUUGCUGAAAGUUUUGAAAGUUAUUUUCAAAAUAAAGCAGUCAUCUCUCUCUCUCUCAAAAAAACCAAACACUGUAGGUCUUAACGCCACCCCGCCUUGACGGACUGUGUCGAGUCAGGUUUCACCCCUUCAAUUCGAGGUAAGCGGCAUCGCGGGAUCUAGGGUAGCAGUAUUAAACACGUACAGAGAUCAACGAAGACUUUGCCCAGCCAUUCCCAGUUGAUGUGUCAAGAAAUAGACUUGCUGUCGCAGCGACUACUUAAUGUCCACUUCUGGACGUCAUCGACAUUAACAAACUUAUUGUUCUCAGGCAUCGUUGCUAUAAAACAUGAAAUUUUCUAUCAUUUCCCACGCACACGACUUAGUAUUCACUGCUUUGAUGGUGAACUGGGCAGGCGUAUGUCUGAUACAGGCGUCGCCUGGUAACUGAGCUAUCGCGGUGGGUCUAUAAACGUUUUCAAGGAUGGAAAGAAUUUUCGAGUUAUGCUGAUUCAGAAGACAACGCCCUUAGCAUAAGCAUUUCCAAUAGAUGUCUUGAACAGUCCAUUGCUUUGAGGGCUAUCUUCUGGCCAGAGAUGUUGUUCGAACGUACUUUGUUUUCAGCAACGUUGCCAGAUAAACCGAUGGACGCAGCUACUUCGUUUUCUGCAUUCUGUAGUUCAAGACAACCGCUCCAUAAAUGCCGCCAUUAACGUGGUCAGCAGUCGUCUGUGGCUAUUAUAGAAGCACCUGUUGGUAGUAAACCGAUUUUAUCCAGGGAAAAUUGACAGCCACUCACCAUUGUCGUAUCUAGGACCAGGCGUAUAUCUGUCAAUUAUUUUGUCGUUUGAAGGGCCAACUGACUUGUUCCGGCCGUUGCAGUUACCAAAACGAUGUCUGGGCGCCAAAAUCUGAGUGAACUGUCUUUUAGAUCGUACGUACGUUAGCCUGUCAUUGACUGGCUUCCACGCAGACUCCUUGGUUCGCCUGCUCCGAGAGAACGGUUAUGGCAACAUAUCAGGGGACUUGCGGGAACGGGUGUCAUAUAGCAAGAAGCACGAAUUUAUUACGGAUCGUUAAUUUCCUGGGAGCUGGAAUCAAGUAUGGGGACAGACAAUGGCACCAACAUUAUAUCGAUUGCGACUACUUUUGUCGGAACCUGAGAUCAGGGGUCUGGGAACGUUCGCACGUCUUUCUUCAUAAAACUAGUCCUCCUGAUUAACCACUCUAGCUUGCGCACCACUUAAGCGGAUGUGGAGCUCGCGCCCGUCUCCGUGGGUUCCGCAGGUGUCGUAGGAAUUUUCUGUUCUGGCGAUUCCCCAACGGGUUGUGUUCUAUACUGCUUUCCACGGCGCUUAAUUAGUUUAGAUCGAGCUGCAAGACGGCUGUGACACGAAACCCUUGUCAGUGAUGGUUUACGGUUGCCAUCGGGCUUUGUCAUAUUUUGUGGAGAAAUUGGCUCGCCAGUGAUCGCAGCCUUGAUCGCAUUGUCGUUGGUUUACGAUUACUGAUUCAUAAAUAGGGUCUGCUUUUCUCACGGAUGGCCUUUUUGUAAGACGUUACAUUACCCACCAUGUAUGCGUGUGCUAGUUAUUCAUAAGGUGAAUAAAUCGUGACAGUACUUAUAGCUCCCUGUUUGGACCACAUCCUUAUGCAGCACAGAAAUUAGUUUUGUAGUUUUAGGACGCCCGCGGGCUAUCCAUUUACCAUCUCAAGUCUCUGAGUCGUUCUCAAUACGAAAUCACUGAACACCGUACCGAUUAUAUGAUCGGUAUGCACUGGUUAGGCAUUUAUGAAGCAAACCUGCCUUGUUUGAGACUUAUCUCGCCAUCUGACUAUAGAUGGAAAUGCAAGUCGCGUUCCCAGCCUACGACUUAAAUAGGAUGAUAAAUACUUCCUUACUGCCGAACAGGGUUAAGAGAGGUGUUAUACUUAAACGUUCUGGAUAAUAAUCUAGUCUUUGCCACGAGCUAAGCUCACUGGUUGUCCUGCCUAACUUCUUUUCACAGCCAAUAUGAGUCCUUAGUAUCUUCUUGCUAUAAAGCUUAACAAUCGUCAGAGAGGGCUGCAAGAAACUCAUUCCUGACAGCAAGUUUUAAUCGGCAUUUUCAGUGGUCUCGGAAAUAUUAAACUUCGCGAGUGGGUAGCGCCCUCCAAGCUAUCCUUUUCGCGCCAUGAAAUUAAGGUUUUCCAUUCUACCUUAUUCCUGGUUGUCCCUCGCCAUGACACCGCCUUUGACCAAGUGUAGAUAGGACUCCCAAGGUAAACCAGAGCGCACAUGCUCUUUUCCUCAACCAGGUCUAGUUGGUUAAAGUAACUUCAGUAACAGGAAGCGUUCGGACUGACAAGACUUUUGAGAUGCAUAAAAAGUUGUUUUCAUUGAAAUAAGUCUUCGCCAAGCUUUCAGAACAUUUUCGGUCUACCGUGCAGCUUAUUUCCAUUUUUCAAAGCCUAGGUCUCUGCUCUCAUUUCAUGGCAUCCUUAUGUAGCACUAUUCGUUGCUGAGCUUUGGCAUGUCCCGUCACCACGCUUAUUUUUUUGCUUAGGCGUUUCGUAACACAGCUUUUAGGAGCUUAUGUUUAAUUCGGACAUUCGGCAGCUUGCAUUCGAGAGCUUCAUUAAUGCAAGCCUAGCCCACGUGCACGCGUAUUUGAACACAACGUGACGCUGAACGAGUAUCGGAUUUUUUGAAUCGCGUAGCUUACUCGAAACGUCUAGUCAUUUUGGUGACCUUACCUCGUGAGUCCUUUUACCCGUUCAGUAUGCGCCGAGAACCUUGAACCAUUGGCUUCCUUUUAAAGUACUUUAUUUGUAUUAGUCCCAAAAAAUCCAUGCUGCCUGAGGGGUAUCUUUCAUGCUGAUUUGAUUCGCGAAGUGAACAGAAAGAUGCAUAAUUAAAAUUAAGCAUGCUGCUGUGCGUUGGUUGGCUUAUGACUAUGUCAUGCCACGCCAAUCAGUAUUGUAAGUGCCCUUUGGUUAUAUCGCCUGUUAGAUCAUAUUUACAGAUUUUAGUCAUUGUUUAAUGAAUUUUGCCGCAUAGUGUGUACGAGGAAGUGAUACUUUGCUUCAUUUGAAGACUUCUGAACUGCCUUAGGCCUCAUUGUCAGCCAAGUUCUGUUGUGCUUUGGGAAGGGCAGUUUGAAAGUGGUAACUCACAGGUUUGCGUAAUUCCUCUGUGCAAGUCCCGCGGUAAUUUGGAGUUCGAAUGUCAACCGCUCGGACGUAAAUCUGCAAGAUUUCGGCCUUUGGCAGUUGAGAUUUGUUUAAAUGUGAGUUUCCUUCGUGAUAGCUGGCGUGGCCGAGGGUGUAGACUUUUACCAAGUAAAAAUCAUGAACUCCUCCCAAGCGUUCUCAGUUUGAUGUUCAAAUGUUGCUUGUUAAACGAAUGUUUUGCUAAACCAAAAGCAGUUGGACGCACAAGACCGUUCAUUGUCUCCUAGGACUGUAUAACCGGUCACCACGUCCUCUUGCAUGACAAGUACUGGUAGUUCACGUUUUACACUCAUACCUUCGUCCUUCAACCAGAGUUUCCAGAACGGAAGCAACUAAAACUUCUUCAAAAAUAAGCCUUUUCUGGCACUGGUAUUUGCGCGACGGCCCUGACAUCCGCACUAUUAAUCCCGCACUUCUAAUACCUGCCUUUCGCCCUACCCACAAGAACCACGCCCAGCUAUUCUCUGCGAACAAAUUUACAAUAUUAGAAUCCUUUGUAAGACGCCUUUGACACUGGUGCCUAAAUUUAGUACAGCGUUCUUAGAAAACCACAGAUCUAACUGAAAUAUUGGAAAUAUGACGGUUGAAAUUGACAGUUUUUCCCAUUCCCUUGAUCGUUGCGUAGGGGCCUGCUCUUCGUUACUUAUCAUUUCGUCUAUUUUUCAUACAAUAGCGUGACUUCUUCCUCCCUUCAUUCCGAAGGGACGUCAACCUUGAUAUUGAUCAGCCGCUGGGUCUAUCCACGAUGGAAUCGCAUACAAUCACAAGGACUUUUAAGUCUUCAACGACCGGCAAUGACAACGUACGUUCUUUCGCACUUUACUGCUUCAUAUUUAAGGGACUUUGGUCGUUUAUCUCGUCAGGCAUAGCUGAUUGCUGGCAGCAGCCAACCGGCCUUAAACAUUUUUACAGCAAAACCACAAAAAUCACUUUUGUAGGUUAUCCAAACUUCACUUACUUUUUAUGGAUUUCGUAGGGAGGCCUCGUGCAGAAGACUCACUAGUGUGCAUUGUCCAGCCAUUCCUCAACACAUACAGUCGUUUUAGUGGAGUAUUAGUUAUUAUCUUCUUGCUCGAAAACAUUCCGCAUUAAAAGGUUUGCCCGCUGGUUUAUUUUUUGGCGAUUCAAGCGAUAAGUAGAUGCGUCAAUGGGUCUGCGUCUACUUGAAUGGGUGCCUUCGCUGUUAUUGCCAGUUGUAUCUAGUUGUACUUGAUCGUUGUGCCGUCUGGAUUUGGCCAAUGUUCUUGGCAUUUCGAGUAUAUACAUCCAGAAUGAAAAUGAAUUUUUAUGAAACAAAAUAUGUAUUUGCCAGUAGACCUCUCCAGGAACGUGUUUAAAGUGGGAAACUGUCGACAAACCGAGCACCGCACAAUUCGGUCAAGUAAUUAGACAUAAUGAGUGACCUGGAUUACAUAAGCUGAAGGGCCAUCACUCACUGAAGGGGCCAGGAUUUUGAACAUUCCCAGUUUACUGUAUCGUUGAUCAAAUUUUCCAAAACUGUCCAGGAUUGAGGUAUUUCUGUUAACGUCUACCUUUUUCAAUAUCCGCGACCUUCGAAAACCGGCGUUUGCGUUUUGUAUUUCAUACUGAAGUUCAUGGAACAUCGCCUGAACUCUUCCCAUGCUCUAAAGCAGCAUUAUUUAAGUUGGGUUCCAACACGUCUAAGCCUGGAACAUAAUCUCUUGCUGGUUCAUGCGUGGUAGCAUCUUGGUUUCUCCUGUGUAUCGCUCUGAUGAUUGAUUAAUUGAUGCGCAUAUUUUCGAUUGAUUUUGUGAUACCUUGAAUUGACUAGUCUGGUAAGUAUUGUUGACAAAACGUUAAUCGCAUUGAAUUUGGUAGAAGUUUACAUCUUCGACCUUCAAAUUUUGACUUGGGAAAGUGUAUUAACCGGAUUUUUUUUAAAACACCUGUUUUGGUCGUUCUGAUGGUGUCCAACAGGGGCUUGGCACGCAUAUUGUCUGGAAACGAUUUCUGCUUCCUCAUGUUACCGUGACUCGACCUAGAUACCUACAGGGCAUGCUUCGUAAGUCAGCUUACGGAGCGCAAGUAUAUUGACUCGCCUGUUUCGGUACAGUCCUCUGAAGCGCCUGAACACUUUGAGCGGGAAUUUUUUCCACAAACGAUACGUAAAUAUGAAACUAUGUAACCGUCUUCGAACUACCAUGAGAGGUAAAUUUUUUUUCAAAAUAACUGACUCGGCGUAAGCAGUUGUAAUAGACGGCGUAAUACCUACCGCUUAGGUAGCGAAUUCCUUCGCCAGUGACUACCACGAGUCGACAUACUCUGGUGUGCGGUUUAGCACGCCGCUCUGCUGAAGCCGAUAGUACUUAACUACUGUCGGCAUGGAGAUUUGAGUGAAUGUAAAACUUUUCGUCUGGAAAAACGUACUCCAAGCUCGUUCAAUAAUAUCUGAUCGACCAAUACAGUUUCGCAAUCGAAAGAAGGGGAGACGUUCGUCGGGAGAGGUUUAUUGGAAGUCUGACGCUUCGAGUAGUAACUUCGUCUACCUGUCUUCAGAAGCUAGGAAACCAUCCUCUUCUUUUGAUAUGCCACCUUGGAAUCGCAUUUUCACUACUGCAGUUGUGGUAUAUUUAAACGGAUGUUUAAGAACUUAAACCGGCGUUCUCCGGGAUUCGGCGCAUACAAUCUCACCAAUUAUCUUUUGAGUCAUUUGAGAAAGUUGCCUUGUACAUGGUUUCCUAAAGGUUUUCGUCGUACUUAUGUUAGCUUUCACGACUUUCCUUACUUCUUUAGUAUGUGGAAGAAAUUCAUAUGACCUCGGAUGCCGAUGGAGCAGUUACUAAAACAGUAAUCACCACGCAAAAUAACGAAGAAAAGAAGGUUGUCAUCCGCCGACUCCCAACCGGUGAAGAGGAAGUCAUUGAGAACACUUCUAGGCGUGAGUUGUUUUCAUGCGAUGGAAAUGCCCACCUGCAAAAGGGCGCGCGUACACUUUUAUGCCUUAUGGAUUACCACUCGGGUGCAUGUUACCGUCUUUUGCAAUUAACUGCUAACCAAACUGACUCUGCCUCUUAUAUAUUUAAGAACUCGUGCUUCGAAGCAGCGCCUGGAAAAAGCCGCCGAGAAAGCGACCCUUACUUAUCAGGUUAUAUGUGGGCUUCUCAGUUCGUUCACAAGUGAUUGACAGGGAAUCGGCGAAUACUGGAACGUUUGCAGGCUUCUAGGUCUGACGAAUCAGCAAUAUUGGGUUUUAAGAGAGAGAGAGGGGGGGGGGCGUCUGUCGACCGAUCUGCCAAAAGACCACGUAGUAAAACGGCGUUGUCACAUAGAGACCGUUUUGUGCUGUGCAGGAAGGCGUUUUCCACUGUCGUGGUCCUAAGGAUUACGGUUGUACCCAAUAGUUGGGCGCGGCGACGAACCUUAUCUGCACCAUAUGCUGACGACCUGCAGAGCCCACCGAAUUCAAUGGUAUUUGUAACAAUCGAGGUGUCCUUACCUUCAGCAGUUGACUUCAUAUGCCUUAAAGUGAGACCACUCAUAUACCGACAGUUCGAUCAUCGACUCCGUCGAUGUCCAUCGUGUGCUACACAGCAAGGUGCAGCAGGCACGAUGACUUGCGCACGAAUUAGUUCAUAGUGGUGGUAGACUUUCGCGGCAUCGCACUCUCUCUUCUCCACCUUCCACCUGGACUCGGUGUCAAGACAGAGUCAAGAAGAUCAGAGGCAGGGGAAGGCGCAGGUGGCUGGCGCGGCCGGAUCCGCACCCAGGCGUGACACCACUUAUCUAGAGGUUUAGACGCAUAGCCUCUUAGGCAAAGCCCUUUCUGUGCUUCCAAUCUAUAACACGGAGGGAAAGUUGCGGGUGAUCCGCCUCGCUCUCCCGGUCGCCACCAAUCGAGCUGAUGGAGCCGACUGUAGAUGAGAUGAUAUGCGCUGACUGGCGUUGCAUGAGGCUCUCGUCUCUCGUGUGCCACAAACGUGCUGUUCGUCCCAUUAGCGUAAACCAACUCUCAUUAACUCGAACCCCACGUUUCCCAAUCAGCAGUCAUAGUUUCAGUCCGGUCUUCGUUCCUGUCCAGGAACCAAUUUUUCCCACCAUUUGGCAGUUUUCCUUGCCAUGACGUUUAGUGCGCCGCUGCGCCUCCGGUGUUCAGCUAUUCAUAUACUUUCAUAUCGCUUUUCGCCUUUUGACUAGAAAUGCCUUUAUAACUGUGUAUUGACAUUUGAUACGUUCAAAUUAAGGGUAUACCUAGCCAAGGCUGAUUUCAGCCUUUAUUAUUUGUCGUUUUCGAGUUCUAUUAGCUCUAAGUCUUUAUUUUGCCCUGAUUUACUCCUCUUUCACCCUUUCCUAGCAAACAACAUGUCCAAUAGUCUCGCUGCUCCACCGUCUCAAGGCGUCUUUUCAUUCAUAUCCCGUUGGUUUGGUCGCUGA